AUGACCUCACGGAUUGAGAAGACAAUCGCCCGACAGCAAGAGAAGUAUUUCGACCCCUUUUGUUGCUCGUUUGAGAACUGCGCAUCUCGGAUCGCGUCUGGAGCCUACUACGAAGCCCAUCAGCAGCUGCGAGUGAUUGCUGCGCGAUACAUUAAACAGGCUAAUUAUGAUGCAGCAGCUGAGAUCCUGGCUGGCGGAGCUACUGCCCUCCUCCAAGCUGGUUCGCAACAGGGAGCUGCAGCUAGUGGAGGAGAUUUAGCUAUCAUGUUGGUGGUCGAGGUGUACACCAAGGCAGGCUGGGAAAUUGUUGGAGGAGAUGAUGACGUUGUGGGGCGCGCUCGCAAGAAGCGUUUGAUCGAACUUCUACAUGAAUUCCCGCCAGAAGAACCCACACGAAGGAGAUUCAUCCAGGAGAUAAUUCUUUGGAGCGGGCGUUUUGGGCCCCUGGAACGAGGUGACCCGGAAUUGCAUCAUGCUGCUGGUUCUGUGUAUGCCGAAGAUCACGAACCCUAUGAUGCAGAGAAGCAUCUCAUCCUCGGUACCUCUGAAUCCGCUGAGACACUGGCCAAGCUUGAGUACGAGUGGUACACAAACGACGAGCCGCAUACAGCUGGUAUUUAUGCAUCUCGUGCUGUUAUCCCUUUCCUUUUGAUUGGGAAUCUUCGCAGCGCCAAUAAGGCCUUCUUGAUAUUCACAUCCCGACUUGCAUCUGCAAACCCCUCGCCCGGCGUGCAGGAAGUAAGCAGCGCUAGCUCAGACGUAAAAGUCUUCCCGGCUUUGCCUUUAGUCAAUUUCAUUAGCAUGCUGCUGCUUACGAUCCAGCGUGGGAGUGCGGACCUGUUUAAGCAGUUGACCGCGCAUUACGCGACACAAAUUAGGGAGGCUGGUAUGUUGGACGAAUCACUGGCUCAGAUUGGGGAGCAGUACUUUGCGAUUAAGAUCCCGAGACAGGGAAAUCCCUUGCUUGACAUGAUGGGCAGCAUGUUCUUUGGAGGCGGUGGCCAAGAUAGUGGUGCGGGUGGAAGGCGGCCGGCCCAGGGACGCGGCCAGCCAAAAAAGGUCGAGGCGCCGCCAUCGAAUAUCGAUCUUGAUUAGGCUUGGCCGGGAAAUGCAAUAUUUUGAAUGUAGAACAUGCAGACUGAACAUAUCAUCGAGACUAACAUAAUGACACUCGUGUACUGACGGGUACGGUUGGUAUUUAGACGCGAGUAUCGGGUUCCGGCUCAUACAUCCAAUUGUCCUCUUCCAAUGCGGCGACUUUGUUUCGUAGGCUCUGAUAGAUGAGGUUCAGAAUUUCAUGUGGCUCACUGCUCAUCUGUCUGUUCCUGUUUCGGUACAUCAUCUCUACCAAGUUCGCUUCAAUCU